AUGGACGUAGUCUCAGCAGUCUCAGGCUAUAUUUCAAAGAUGGUGUCAGCUGGGGACAUGGCUUUGGCAUCUUCGUCCGCCAAGAUGAAGAUUCUCUUGCUCGACAGUGAGACAAUCUCCUUUGUCUCCACCGCCAUAACCCAAUCUGCCCUACUCAACCACCAAGUAUAUCUUGUCGAUCGCCUUGAUAAUGCUUCUCGAGAGAAGAUGCGCCAUCUGCGCUGCAUAUGCUUCGUUCGGCCGUCGCCGGACUCAAUACAACACUUGAUUGACGAAUUUCGGAAUCCAAAGUACGGCGAAUACGCAAUAUACUUUAGCAACGUUAUCCGCAAAUCUUCUUUGGAGAGACUAGCCGAAGCAGACAACAACGAAGUAGUCAAGGCUGUUCAAGAAUACUUUGCGGACUACAUCGUUGUGAAUCCCGACCUACUCAAUCUUGAUCUCGGUUUUCCAAAGCAGCGCAUCUGGGGCAAUAGUCCCGACAUUUGGAACCCCGAUUCACUCCAAAGAUGUACCGAGGGAGUGAUAGCCCUCCUGUUAUCAUUAAAGAAGAAGCCAUUGAUACGGUACGAGAAGAACAGCUUGAUGGCAAAGAAGCUAGCCACGGAAGUGAGAUAUCAGAUGACGCAGGAAGAGCAACUCUUCGACUUCAGGAAAACAGACACCCCUCCAAUAUUGCUCAUACUGGACCGGAGAGACGACCCUAUUACCCCUCUCUUGACCCAGUGGACAUAUCAAGCUAUGGUACACGAACUACUCGGAAUAUACAAUGGCAAAAUUGACUUGAGUGACGUGCCGGACGUCCGACCAGAACUCAAAGAAAUAGUACUGUCGCAAGACCAGGAUCCCUUCUUCAAGAAAAACAUGUACCUCAACUUUGGGGACCUUGGUGGAAACAUCAAAGAGUAUGUGGAACAGUACCAGUCGAAGACGAAAAGCAAUGCUGCAAUUGAGUCUAUUGCGGACAUGAAGAGAUUCGUUGAGGAUUUUCCCGAGUUCAGGAAAUUGUCUGGUAACGUCAGUAAACAUGUGACAUUGGUUGGAGAGCUUAGCAGGCGUGUUGGAGCGGACGGCUUGCUGGAUGUAAGCGAGCUGGAGCAAAGUCUUGCUUGCAAUGAUAGUCAUGCGAACGACGUCAAGAGCGUACAACGGCUUAUCUCAUCACCACAAAUCCCCACGGACAGCAAGCUUCGCCUUGUAGCGUUAUACUCCCUUCGCUACGAGAAGCAUCCGUCAAAUGCCCUACCGAUGCUAUUAGAUCUCCUCACUGCUGCUGGCAAUGUUCCCGUACGCCGAGUGGAUUUGGUAUCGAGAUUGCUUGCAUACCAUCAAUCUCUUCAACCGGCUCCCACCGCUGGAGGUUUCUCGGAUCUGUUUGAAUCUUCCUCGAUCUUUUCUGGAGCUCGCGAUAGAUUCAAAGGGCUCAAAGGAGUUGAAAAUGUCUACACCCAACAUUCCCCCCGCUUAGAAGCAACAUUACAGAACAUGAUCAAAGCCCGGCUGAAAGAGCAGCAAUACCCCUUCGUAGAGGGUGGAGGAACAACGAGAGACAAGCCACAAGAUAUUAUAGUCUUCAUCGUUGGAGGAGCAACGUACGAAGAGGCCAAGAUGGUGGCACAGGUCAAUGCUAGUUCACCCGGCGUGAGGGUUGUCCUCGGUGCUACGAGCAUCCAUAAUAGUACAACAUUUCUUGAAGAAGUUGAGGAUGCUGUCUCCAGCUGGCCAGAUGCUGGGCUUUCAUCGGCAGCGGCGAGACUAAAGAGGGAAGCGGGUCGAAGGUAG